CAAUAAAACCACAGCUCAUUCGCCCACAGCAAGCUUGUCCGCACAGUUGUGACCAGGUUUUUAUGCUGCACUGGGCAGAAUCACAUGCUUCCUCGUCCUGCACAAAUGGAUGUGAAUCUUGAUGCAGUUAUACUUCUGAGAAUAGAUACAGCCUGAACCACCCUGGACUCUUGUGUUUUGUGGCAAGGCCUUUGAUAAGGUGUUCUACAUGAGUGGUUUGAUUCUGAAAGUUCCAGAGUAAUCCAGUGAAAACUCUAGGCCCUGGAGAUGCUUUCAAAUUGGGAAUUUUUGGCAGUGGUUAAGAGGUCCCUGGAUGCCCUGCGGCGCCCCGUACUCGGCCGUACAGCGCCCCCUCAUGGCCGGCAGCUGACCCUACCCGACAGGAUGACGCUGCACGAGCGGCUCAGAGAAAAGAUCUCGGCAGCUUUCUACCAUCAUGGGCUGCUGUGUGCCUCCUACCCGGUACCCAUAAUCCUCUUCACCUCUGCCAGCAUCCUCACCUGCUGUUAUCCUCUGCUGCGGCUGCCUUUGCCAGGGACCGGUCCAGUGGAGUUUACCACAGGGGUUCGAGACUACACCGUCCCUUCCCAUGAGACCAAUGGAGACCUUGGAGAGCGUCCCGACUGGUACCGAGGUCCUCCAGUGGCCUACAUCCAACAGGUAUUGGUGAAGGCAGCAGUAUCUCCGUGGGAUAACAGUCUGGUGCCGGUGGAUGUAUUUCGGUCGCCGUUGGGCCAUGUCUUCAGCUUGCUGGAGGAGAUCCGCAACCAUGUCCAUUCCGACAGCGGGGGGGUGCGGAGUUUGGAGGCAUUGUGUCUUCAGGUGACCGACCUGUUGCCGGGACUUCGCCGCAUGCAGCCAGUCCUGCCAGAGCACGGCUGCCUGCUCGUCUCUCCGGGUAAUUACUGGCAGAACCAGCGAGAGCUUUUCGACUCAGACCCGGACCUCCUGAAGACUGUCCAGAAGCACGAGCCCAAAGGCCUGCACACCUCUGCCACGCUUCGAGACUUGCUAUUUGGAGUUCCUGGGAAGCAUACUGGGGUCAGUCACUAUAACAGGAAGAAGGUGGUGACCUACACUAUCACCAUAGUGCUGGGCAGCUAUGAUGCUAGGUUCUUGGGCAGCCUGAGGGCACGCCUAAAGCAGCUUCACCCGUCAAUCAACUGCAGUCUGCGAGAAGAUCACAUGGUGCACAUCCACUUCAAGGAGGAGAUCGGCAUUGCGGAGCUCGUCCCCCUGGUCACCACCUACAUCAUCCUCUUCGCGUAUAUCUAUUUCUCUACACGUAAGAUCGACAUGGUGAAGUCCAAGUGGGGUCUGGCUCUGGCUGCCGUGGUAACGGUCCUCAGCUCACUGUUGAUGUCCGUAGGAUUGUGUACCCUGUUUGGACUGACCCCUACGCUUAAUGGAGGGGAGAUCUUCCCUUACCUGGUGGUGGUGAUUGGUCUGGAAAAUGUUCUAGUCCUCACUAAGUCUGUGGUGUCCACCCCUGUUGACCUGGAGGUCAAACUGCGCAUCGCUCAGGGCCUUAGUAAUGAGAGCUGGUCUAUUAUGAAGAACAUGGCCACCGAGCUGUGCAUCAUCCUCAUAGGAUACUUCACGCUUGUGCCCGCUAUCCAGGAGUUUUGUCUGUUUGCUGUGGUGGGGCUGGUGUCCGACUUCUUCUUGCAGAUGUUCUUCUUCACCACGGUGCUGUCUAUAGACAUCCGUCGCAUGGAGCUGGCUGACCUAAACCGGCGCCUGCCGGCUGAAGCUGGCCUGCCACCCUCCAAACCGGGGCCCCUGCGUUCCCGAGAGGUGCCUCCUCCCCCGCGGCCCUCUCCCCACACCAUCACCCUGCAGACCCCUGCCUUCAGGAACCUGAGACUCCCCAAGAGGCUGCGUGUCAUCUAUUUCCUGGCCCGCACGCGCCUGGCUCAGCGCAUCAUCAUGGUCGGCACAGUGAUCUGGAUCGGCAUCCUGGUCUACACCGACCCAGCUGGCCUCCGCACCUACCUGGCCGCCCAGGUAACGGAGCAAAGCCCACUGGGAGAUUCUGGUGGCGGGGGCCUUCCCCCUCACUUGGGUGUGGCCCCCGUCAUGCCUGGAGGAGACCCCGCCAGCACCCUUAGUGUCCUCCCUGCCCCCGAGCCCACCCCGCUGCCUGAGAACCAAUCGCAGGGCCAUCACGGUUCGGCCAGGGUGGGCCCCCAGCACCAAGCCCCACCUGCUGUGCCCCAGAUCACCUGGGGGUCGGAGGAUGAGGAGGGGUGGAGGAGGCUGUCCUUCAGACACUGGCCUUCCCUCUUCAGCUAUUACAACAUCACGUUAGCCAAGAGAUACAUCAGCAUCCUGCCCAUCAUUCCCGUCACCCUCCAGCUCACACCCCAGGAGGCCCUCGAGACACGUCACCCUCAGGACACCAGACAUCCUCCCCCACCGCCAUUCCCCAAAGUCUCCACAGACCUACAGACUGACCUCACCCUCUACAAGGUGGCAGCUCUGGGUCUGGCAGCCGGGGUUCUGUUGGUUCUGUUGCUCUUCUGUCUGUACCGGGUUCUGUGUCCUCGCAACUAUGGACAGAAUGGUGUUUCCCAUGGACGCCGUCGCCGCGGUGAACUUCCCUGUGACGACUACGGCUACUCGCCACCCGUCAGCGAGAUCUCCCCGCUGCAACUGAGAGGCCACAACAUGGACAUUGAGUGUCUGGCCAGUGACGGUAUGCUGCUGGCCAGCUGUUGUCUGGCGGGACAGAUCCGCGUUUGGGACGCCCAGACGGGCGACUGUCUGACCGUCAUCCCAAAGCAGGGUCUUAGGCGGAACAGCAGCAAUGGUUGUUGGGAACAGCGAGAUGGCUGGGAGGCUGUCAGUGGAGCCACAGAGCCGGAGAGUCUGGGCUGUGAAGGUCACAACCCCUGUGCUAGGGGUAACAGCCUAUCAGAGGAUGAGGGCUUCCCGCUGAGGCGACGCACAGCUCCAGCCAGACCAGCACUCUUCACAGACCAGCCUGACCUCACCCCCCUCAUAGACACCAACUUCACCAGCCAGCCCCCCUCCCACCUCUCCAUCCCGCCUAGGGGGGGCUUUGACUUUGGGGGGCUGGUGGAGCGAGCCUACAUGGAGCAUGAGCCUCCAUCACCCUCCACCUGCCUGCCUCCCUGUUCCUCCUCCCCUGCCCCCUCUUCCCCCCCACAGUCGGGACCUUACCUCCAGAUGAGACGGAGCCUGGGGGACAGCCCAGCACCCCAGGCCCAGGAGAGGGCCUCUGCAGCAGGGGCCCAUGUGAUGGCGGACUGGGACAGUUCUGUGUGGGCCAUGGAGUUGAGGGGAAAUCUGAUAGCUGCUGGAAGGAGCAGUGGCAAGCUGGAGCUUUGGGAUGCGGUGGAAGGAUCCCUGUGCUGCUGUAAUGAAGACGGCAUCUCGGGGAUCACAGCACUCGCCUUCCUCAACAACAGAAUUGUAGCGGCCCGGCUGAACGGUUCUCUGGACUUCUUCACUGUUGAGGUCAACAAGCCUCUGGGCCUGCUGCAGUAUCGAGGACCCCCAGGUCAUGGCAGCAUGCCCCCCUCGCCCUGCUACAGCAGCGAGGAUGUCAUCAGCUGUCAGCUGACCCGCUCGGUGCAGUGCGCCCACCAGAAGCCAAUCACGGUGCUGCGAGCGGCGGCCGGAAGGGUGGUCACCGGCAGCCAGGACCACACUGUGCGGGUUUACCGCCUGGAGGACUCGUGUUGUCUCUACACGCUGCAGGGUCACGCUGGAGGCAUAACGGCCAUCUACAUAGACCAGACCAUGGUCCUGGCCAGUGGAGGCCAGGAUGGGGCCAUCUGCCUGUGGGAUGUGCUGACAGGGAGCCGGGUCAGCCAUGUCUACGGUCACCGUGGAGAUGUCACUUCGCUGGUCUGCACCAACUGCUGCAUCAUCAGCUCAGGCCUGGAUGACCUCAUCUGUAUCUGGGACCGUAGCACCGGCAUCAAGCUCUACUCCAUACAACAGGACGUGGGAUGUGGGGCCAGCCUGGGGGUGAUUUCGGAGUCUCUGCUGGUGACAGGGGGUCAGGGCUGCGUCUCCUUCUGGGACCUUAACUUUGGGGACCUGCUGCAGACGGUGUACUUGGGCCAGAGCAGCGAUGGUCAGGGCGUCCGGCAGCUGCUGGUGCUGGACAACGCUGCCAUCGUUUGUGACUUCGGCAGCGAGCUAAGCCUGGUGUACGUGCCCUCCGUGCUGGAGAAGCUGGACUGAGCCGGAGGAAGAAAAUGGUGGAUGCUCAACAUGACGGUCGGAGACUGUCAGCAAUGGGUUAUUGGCUCGAGCGCUGACGGACGCAUGGGCUUGACUGACAGCAGCCUGUCAGUGCUGUCAUUUUGUCAACCAUCGGCUGUUUUUCCAACUGCUGUACCGCCGCCGGAGGAUCUGACUUCUGUUUUUGUUUUUUUUUGUCUUGCAAAUUGAAACGAGACAUUCAGCGUCAAGACUGGUAGGCCCUCCUUUUACUGUUUGUGUGCAAGGUAUAGCACUGAAAAUUUGUUGGGAGAAAAAAAACAUGCGAACCUGGAUCCAAUGAUGGACAGAGAAGUGGGUUGUAGGACUGGAAGCAGAAGCUGUCGUGUAAGUGACCUUUCACAGCAGUCGUGUGCGGGUCAGUCUGAGUGGAACAGCUGGGAAGGUGGACGACUUUCAUCCGGUCACCGGUUUCUGCUUCUUUUCUUUAUAUCUUGUUGUUUUCUUUGUUUGUUUUUUUUUUUAAAUGUUGUGGCUCUGCCCUCUAUGCUGCUUAUGUGGGUGGGGCUUCACUGUGUCCCGCCCACCUGGACAGGAAGAUGAACUGACUCCUUUUUUUAAAAAUUUUCUACUAUACCUAGCUGCCUGGUUUGUGAGCGUGACAUAGCUGUGGCACACUAGAGGGGUUUGUUUUGCUAAGCUAAGUAGUUGUGUGUGAGCGUGUGUGUGUGUGUGAGUGUGAGCGUGUGUGUGUCGUAAGUGAGAGACAGACAGACAUCCCAAGGUCUUUUUUUUUUGAUAAAACUGCUGCAAAGAAGCAUCAACGAGCGAUGUGUGUGUGAGCGAGAGCGAGCGAGUGAGCGGGUGAGGGAGAGCGGGAUGUGAUUACUGUUAACAAUUCACCUCCAGAGGGGGCUUUUAUAUGUAUAAAUCUAUUAUUUAUUAGCCAGUCAUUUUUGAAUAACAACUUCUUUAUAGACAACUAAUCCUGGCUCUUACACUAGGACGAUUAUGUGGAUGUGAUGAUGUCACCGUAACUUUAAGGGGAUGAUUAUUUGGAAGAGUGAUAGACAAGUCUCCUGUGAUGUCAUUAAUAUUUGUACUAAUCGACUAAAACUAUCGAGACGUUUCUGCCGGGGGACGGGGUUGCGGGGGCGAGGCGACUCCAUCCAUUAUCCCGGUUCCGGGUUUCGAACACCGGGGUUACCGAAGCCAAAUGCAGGGCAGCCUUUCCUUCUCUUUUCAGAGCCGCCUCCAUGUUUGAACCCUUGGCUGCCGCUGGAAUUUUGGAUUUUAAAAAUCGGCGUUGCGCCUCGCGGGUCCUCGUUAAGUUUACACUGGCACCGUUCUUGACAUUUAACUGUGCCCGUUAGAGAUUAUUUUAACUUGACAUAUACUGUACCUGGCUGAACAAGACAGCCAGCACCACAAUACGAUGUUUUUAUGAAUACACAUUUUCCACAAUACAGCUUUAUGCUGUCCACGCUGGAGUGGAUUUUAUCAGACAAGGGCCCAUUGAUUUCUCAUUUGUCUCAUUUCAGCUGCUGUCAGUCAGGUUGUACUAAAACAAAAGGGAAGACAGAAACAGAGAGAUGAUCUUCCGGGGCCACAACUUCCUCUGAAUGUUUAAAAUAUUUCAUCCCCUCAAAUAUUUGCACAGAAUACCAGUAAUGUACUUUAUAAAUCCUCGUGGGGAAAUUCACCCUCUGCAUUUAACCCAUCCCAAAACACACUGGAAGCGGCGGGCAGCCGCCGUGCAGCACCUGGAUACCUUCUCCGCUUCCUCUUUACACACCUCGGUCAGCGGCACAGACAGGAGUUUUAACCCAACACAGACAAAUUACAGCACCACAACAGAUUCUGACAGGCGUGUUGCUUCUUCCGAGUUUACAAAUGUCUCAACAAGCCCUUAACUGAACUCAAAUGUCACAUUUUAAAAAUGAAAGGUUGACU